UGCCAGCGCGUUUGCGACCGUGUACGUGCAUGUGUGCGCGUGUGCGCGUGUGCGAUAUCGCAGACGUCACAGCCUGCCGUUGGUCCUGUUCAGUUCCGAUCAUCGCUUGGUCCCCUCCGAAGGUACGUUAGCAGUUCUGCUAAACUGAACCCCAUCCGGAGCCGGAUGCAGUUUAUCCCGGGAGAUCCCAGCUCGCGCUCCGAACCGGGAUACUUUUUGAUUUGUACUUAACCCGAAAUAAGCAGCACAAACCGGCGGGGCGGAGGGAGGGAGAGCCGCCGUUACCGUAACGUCCGUGACGUCAGUCCGCCCGGGCCGCUGUGGCGCGAGGGGCUCACCGCCACGCUGCUCGUCCUGAGGGGUCCCUCUGCCGGGGUGAACCGAUCGAUCGGUCCAAUCGGAGCGCAAUCGCGGGACACAUAAGUGCGCGAUGAUGGAGAAGAAGAGGUCGGACUGCCCCGCUCUGCCUCCCGGCUGGAAGAAAGAAGAAGUGAUCCGGAAGUCCGGACUGAGCGCUGGAAAGAGCGACGUCUACUACUACAGUCCCCCAACUCUAUGGAAGCGCAAUCCAAAAAAAGAAAAGAAAAUCAGUAAUGAUCCUUCGGGAAAGAAGUUCCGGAGUAAGCCUCAGUUGUCCCGUUACCUUGGAAACAAAGUAGAUCUGGGAUGUUUCGACUUCCGGACGGGAAAGAUGUUGCCCGGAAAAAUGCAGAAGAGCAAACAGAGACUUCGACACGACCCGCUCGGCCUGGCCAAGGGAGGUAAACCUGACCUGAACACAGCGCUGCCAAUCAGACAGACGGCAUCCAUCUUUAAACAACCCGUUACCAAGGUUACGAGUCACCCCAGCAACAAGGUGAAGGCAGACCUGCAAAGAGCUUGCGAGCAGCCCAGACAGCUGUUCUGGGAGAGGAGGUUGAAAGGCCUGCAGUCAUCAGAUGUGUCAGAAGGAGUCCUGAGGACCAUGGGCCUGCCCAAAUGCCUGCAGAGCGUCGGGCCGGACUCCAGCGAUGACACUCUGCUGUCGGCCAUCGCUAGCGCCCUGCACAUGAGCUCCGCCCCCAUAACGGGACAGACUACUAUGGCUGCCGAAAAGAACCCGGCCAUCUGGCUCAACACGUCCCAGCCGCUCUGCAAGUCCUUCACCGUCACCGACGAACAGAUCCGGGAGCAGGAGUUGAAAGUUUACCAGGCCAGGAAGAGUCUGGAGGAUGCACUGAUGGCUGACGGUUUGGCGCGGGCCGCCGAAAACACCCGAGAGCUUCUGGAAGGGAAGACGGCCUGAAGAUGGACAGGUGAGACGGAAGAACCAAGUUUCUAUUGUUGACCAGCCUCAGGUUUAUAAUCAUAGUCCUCUUCAUCCAGAAAACAGACCACCCGCAGACCGAAACACGUGCAUUGAUCGGUUGUCUCACUGGAAAACUCCGUCAACCUGUCCGUUAAGGAAACCCUUUUCAGGAUUUAUCCUCAUGUGGAAAUCUGGGAGCAGCAACUACAGCAAUAAUGGCAUCAGCCACACGGGCUGACAACAAGACAACAAGUAGCUUCAGCUUUAAAAGUUGCAACAGCAGAAACAGCAACAUAGAACAGAUCAGCAGCAAUAAGUGGAGCAACUAAAACAACCAAAGCCUUUAAUCCUCGCUGGGUUUUAUCAUCUGUACAAACUUUACAACAAGUGAUUACUUUGACUUUAUUUUUCAGAUUCAGAUAUCACUUUUCUUGGUUUUUGAUAUGAUGCUGAAAAAAAUAUAUUUUUUACGAACAUACUGAUCACGCCCUUAACAAACCCAAAGUCAGAUGGCAAACUGCUGGACGGCUUUUGCUAACUCUACCAACUCUUCUUGUGCUCUGUGAUGAUUUUGGUUGUUUGUGGUAUUGAAUUUGUUGUCAGUUUUCAAGGAUUUUUGAUGAAAUAAUGAGAAUUUUCAUGAAUAUGAAAUAGAAGAUUGCUUAUUUAAGACAAAUUUUAUACUUUGAGAGAAAAUGUGUACAUUUUUUGGACUGUA